UUUUGCACAUCACUGAUUAUAACCGUCGUAGCAGUUCAAAAAUUGGGGGGCUUUGUUUCGGUUACAAAAUGUUGGAAGAUAAAUAAAAUACAAAAAUUCGCUUAAUAAUGGCUGAUAAGUUGAAAGAUUAUCAAGUUCUUGACGUUUUCUGCGGAGGUACGUUCUACAAAGUGAAGCACAAGGUCACCAACAACAUAUUUUCGUGGAAGGCAUACAAUUGCUACGAAUAUUCCUCUGAAGAAAUACAAAACAUCGUUGUUGAAGUGAAAUCUUUAAGUAAAUUGUUAUCAGGCUGCUUACUGCGCUACUACGACACUAUUCUCCAUGGUCCGACCAAGACUUUGUACUUUGUUCUUGAAUACAUCCCAUGGCAAAGUAUACAAGAGUUAAUCGAAGUCUGCAAGGUUGAAGAAAAGUAUUUUUCAGAAAAUUUCAUAUGGUUUUUGCUACUGGAAUUAGUCAGAGCAUGUAAAAAUAUUGAAAAGCUGAAACUUGUGACGUUACGGAAAUGUAUUACGCCAGGGUCAGUUUUUGUUAGUGCGAACGGCGAAGUUCGCAUAAAUUGCUUCGAUCUAGACCCUCCAGGAUCCCUAGCAAAGGAUUUAAUGCAACAAAUCGGGUAUAUGAUACGGACAUUGUGUUCUCCAUACAAAAAUUGCGAACAAAAGAUUCAAGAAAUUAUAUACAGUGAUGACCUUAUGGAUGUCGUAGGUUUCAUUACAGAAGAUAGAAACACAAAUUUACGACCUGAUGUAGUUCUUUAUCAUCCAACAGUCCUUACAAACACAGAUUCUUUGAAAGUGCCCAAACAUAUAAGUGAUAUAUUAGUGCAAUUUAGUUAUUCUAGCUCAGAAGUCAAUAAGUGUGAUUCAGAGAAGGCUGUGGAUAUGUGUAAGGUCAUAAAGCCUAUGCCAAGGACUCAUCUGUUGGAGGAUAGCCCUAUCUACUGCAAUAUAGUCCCUCGGAGGCAACAACAGAAAGAAGAAUACUGCGGGGAGUCUAACAAAGAAUGUUUAUCUCCUACUAUUGCAGCCUUGGCUCUUGAGCUACCUGGAUAUGUACCUAGGAGCAGAAGACCGUAUAGUGAAGCUCUCAGCACAUAUGAGGGCCCUCAGAAAGUGUCAGAAGAUACACUUAGCCACCAGUGGAUGUCUCGCUUGAUAGCUUUGAGACAAAGAGAGGAAUCUCUUAAUCAAAGAGAAAGAGAUCUCAUAGCCAAGGAAAUAAAGAACAGCCCAAGUACUAAAUUGAUCUCAUUGGAUCAAUCCCCAUUAUGUUUAGAUAGUAAUGGAAUAACACUUCCACCAGAAAUAAAUCAAAUAAAUGAUGAAAAGAAGCAAUGGGUUUCUCGGCGUCGUCGCCGCCGAACUAGCUCUGUUCGGUCUCGUAGUAGAAGGAAGAGCUAUUCAUAUGAAGACCUAGACAGCUCCCUGUCAGCAGACCAAGGAGAUAGCAGCAUGAUUGUAACAGCUGCCAAGAUAACAAGAGAAAACAUGCCUCGAAAUCUGUUCCCCGAACUUGCAACUAAAAAGGUGCACUUCACACCAAAUAAUCCAUUUGCUGAAAGUGAUGAAAGUGUAACACUUACUUUUUAUGAACUAGAUAAUGUUGACAAUGAAGGCUACCAAGUUCCGAGACAGGAUUUGAAGGAUAUAGCUAAGUUUAAAUACUUGAAUGUGGAGAAGACUUGUGAGAAGAGGAACACUGAUUGGACUCAUUCAUCUCCCAAUAAACAGGCUAAAAUCAGUGAUGUGUUCUCCGAUAUCACCAAUAAAAGCAAUCUGAGGAAGACACCUUCGAAAACAAGCAUUGCUUCAAAGUGUUCGAACAUAUCUAGAUGUUCCAUCAUAUCCAGUAAGAGCCAAUGGAGUAUGGAGAGCAAGGUAGGUGAAAAUACCUUUGAGAGAACCAGAUCAAUAAGACAAGUGGACCAAACUCCUCUCGCCACUCCAGGUGUUAAAAAAACAAAGCGCAAGUCCCUGCUUCCAUUCAAAACUCCCUUUAAGUUUAUGUCUUCGUCAACUAAGAUUUAAUUUAAUUAUUUGAUCUCUUGAAACUCCUACCUACUUUAGCAUUAA